AUGGGAAUCAGCCCUGUUAUCCCGCCAGACGCGUUGCAGUUCACCGUGACCAGCAAUCCACUCGUCAGCGUAGUCAUCCAACGUGGCGAUAUUACCAAGUGGGUGGGUGAUGUUGUGGUUAAUGCUGCCAACCCACAGCUCACUGCUCUCGGAGGAUUGAAUGGUGUGAUUCACGAAGCUGCUGGUCCAGAACUCCUGCGCUCUUGUCAAAUCAACAUUCCUCUCAAUGAGCAAGGAGUGCGCUGCCCGCCUGGCGAUGCAGUGCUGACACUUGGGCCGUUCUCCCCUCGUCUCGGUGCCAGUCAUGUCAUUCAUGCUGUUGGACCAAAUCUGCACGACCCAUCCAUGCAACCACGUGCGGCCGAGCUGCUGAAAUCCGCCAUUCUCCGAGCUCUGCACCUGGCUGACGAUUUGGGAUGCAUGUCCAUUGCCAUCCCUGCCAUUUCUUGCGGCGCUUACGGCUACCCCCCUGAUCGGGCCGCCAAUUGUGCGAUUCAGGCGUAUCUCGAAUUUGCCCAAAACCGUCCGACUGCGCUCAGGGUUAUCACUUGUGUUUUGUUCGAGCUGUCUCACUUGUCCUGCUGGAAACACGCGGCGUUCAAUUGCGAGGGGGCUCUUUCCAUCAAGCCACGCCUGGAGCCCACUUCAAUCGAUCGAGACGAACCCGCAGGUGCAUCAGCCGCAGCUCGUGAGCCCAAGACCCACGCGACGCCAAACCCGAUGGGCGGUCGAGGUGGUGGUGGUGCCGUGCCAGUGCGAAGCUACCUCGCCGCGCGACUCGAACCCAGAGAAGCUGCCAUGUGCAAGGCGGCUGGAAUCUUCCUGUACCGCCGAACACCAAACGGCAUACUUGAAAUCUUGCUGGGCACAGAUGGUACAACUCACGAGCUGGUGCCUCUAGGCGGCAAACGCGACUUUAAGGAGGAGCCCAUCCGAAACGCAGUCCGCGAGUUCCAUGAAGAAACAUCCCAGCUGUUGCCACGCCAGCUCAUCCAGUCUCUCGAGCACCGAAUCCGCAGUUCUAGCGAGCCCUCGGUUGUUUGGAUUGCCGACGGCAAGUAUGCGCUCUACCUCGUGGACGCAAACAGCAUUCCCAACCUUUACCAAGCGAGCUACGAUUUGCCAAAGCGCCACGCAACAUGGUAUCGCAACCGCAGCUUCAUGGCGGCCUCGUCGCUCACGGAAAUGUCGCGGCUCAAUUGGCUGCCUCUUCACUUGCUCUUCACCGAAAUGUCGAAUGAUCAUUCGUCAAUGAGAAUCAGCACCUUCCUUCGGGUUGUGCUUGCUGUCAAGCCGCUGCAGGAGUGGGCUGAUAGGCAGCAACAUGCCGCGCCACACGCCGCGGCCGAGCAUCGCCACGAGCAGUUUGCACCAGAUCCUUCCUCUUCUUCGGGCGGCUUCUCUAUGGCCCAUGUCGCAAACUACGAGUCUAGCAGUCAUGAUCCCAAUGCGUUCAACGACUAUGAUGACGCUGACGACCUCGACAGGGAUUCAAACCCUGUGAUGGGCAAGAGCUCUUUGGGCAUUGUUGACACUGUAAAGGGCGUCGUCAAGGGCGCAUUUCAGAAACUCAUCGGAACUGCUGCUUCGAAUGACUCCGCCGAACCUGUCGACAACGACUCCCAGUCCUUUGGCUUGUCGAUUCCAAAGUACAAGAGCAACAAGUUUUCCAGCUCUGGACCGGCUGCUCCUGGUGUUGGCGCUUCGUCGUCAAAUUUCUCGUCGUCCUCAUCAGCUGCGUUCUCGUCGUCCUCAUCAACUGCGCCUGCCCCCUCAUCAGCUGCUUCUCACGCGGCUUCCGCAGGUCCAGCACCGACCUCGUCUCGCGCAACCGAGCGCCCCAAUGUUUCCGGAGCUGCAUCUGGCAACGCGGCUCCUGAAUCAUCACGCGUCAACGAAAACCUCAUAGAAUCACUCAAGAGCGAGAUUGACAAGGCGCGUGAUGGGCUGCGAGACAUUGAGCGAAAGUUUCAGCAGGAGCGGGACGACCAUCAGCGGCCCUUGCCUCCUGUACCUGACAUUUCAACGCUCAAACCGUCAGAGUUGACGGUGCUAGAUCCUAACUCUGCCGAAUAUCAAGAGGUUGCGCGCCUUACCACCGGUUCUGUUCGUCGCAUUAAGAAGGUCAGCGUGCCUGCUCGCGACCGCCGGUAUCAGGCGUAUCGCCGCUCUCUUCCGAGCAACCCCCUUCAAGAAGUCCGUGUUAUGCACGGUACCAGCGUCAUUGCAAAUGCCAACGCAAUCGCAAGAACUGGGCCGCGCAUCGACUUGGCUGGCAGCGCGAAUGGCACCGCGUACGGGCGGGGUUUCUACUCGUCUGAGGAGCCAAGCACACCAGCAGGUUAUGCGCGAGGCACGGGCUCAGUCUGUGUGUGCACCGUUGCGCCGGGCAACGCUUCACCAAGUGCGGAUUCGUCCACCACUGCUGCAUCGCUGGCAGGCAUGAGUCCGCCUUGCCAAAGUGUUCACAUUGCCCAGAGCCAAUGGCGAAUCCUGUUUCACGCCGACUCUGUUCGCGUGGACUAUGUCAUUGACUUUGGAGAUGACCCGACUGUUGCAUCUUUGGAUGACGAACGAAAGGAAAUGCAUCGGAAGCUUGAGGCCGACCGCGACAUCAAAGAAGCAAUGCGCAUCCAGUUAUGGCACCAGGCCAAAGCCAAGCUGGAAAUGCUCAAGUAUUUUGCAAAAUGCUGCACAGGGUUUUUGGGGCGAUUGGCUGCGGAUCCUCAGCUGGCUGGCAAGCUGACCCGGCUGUUCAGGUUGGAAUUGCAGCAGUUCAAGCUUGCAUUGCCCAUGUACGCCCACAAGGAAGAGUUCAUCAACACGAUUCGAGCAAACCAAACGUUGAUUCUCAAGGGUGGCACGGGUACCGGCAAGACAGUCCAGGCCCCGCAGUGGCUGUACGAUGAGCUGCACUUUAUGCAAGACCCGACCGCCACGGUUGCGGUCUUGGUGCCCCGCAGGUCGAUUGCAGCAGGCAUGGCCAAGUAUGUCUCCAAACUACGCGGCUGUCGAGUUGGCCAAGAGGUUGGCAUGGCAGUGAGCGACUCGGUCAAAAUGGGACCGGAAACGCGCAUUUGCUUCAUGACGUACGGCUUUUUCCGAGCAAUCAGCAGUGCGGAUAAACGCUUCUCCAAAUGGCGAACGGUCGUCUUGGACGAGGCUCAUGAGCGCAACCCAGACGCCGAUCUGCUGCUGCCCCAGUUGUGCCAAGCUGUCGCGGAUCGGAAGGAUUUCAAGCUCGUCAUCAUGAGUGCCACGAUUGACGUGCAGCAGUUUGCGUCGAAUGUGAGGCAGCUGACAAAGUCUGUCUGCCCCGUAUUGGACGUUCCUGGUGUUACCUUCCCCGUUACGGUCGAGUUCAUGACCGAUGCUGGCUGGGAUCCACGUGCCACUGGUGCCCUGCUCAACUUGUGUCACCAAGUUGUGCGUGUGUACAAUGCCGAGCAAGUUGGAAACGUCCUGGUGUUUUUGCCGACCGCCCGUGAUGUCAUAGACGCCGUCGAACACAUGAAGGGACUUUUGCAGCACGAUCCACAGGCUGUCAUUCUUCCGUUGCACGCGAAGGUCAGCGAUGCGAUCAAGGACGAAGUGUCUGAUUUCGACAAGAAGCCUCGAAACGCCGAGAAGAGAAUGAUUUGCUUCGGGACCAACUUUGCAGAAGCCGGCAUCACUCUUUCCAACAUUACCGCGGUCGUGGAGACUGGCCGCGAGCUGGAUGUCUCGUACGAUGUGGAUCGCGAUUGCACCACCUCCGCUGUCGACUGGAUUUCCAAGGCCUCGCACAUGCAGCGCCGAGGCCGUGCUGGCCGCACUAGUCCUGGUCGCUGCUACUGCAUGUUCACCAGGGAAGAGUUUGACGCCAUGCCAGAGUACACUGUUGCCAAGAUCCACAAGCAAAAUCUGGAUUCCUUCUACCUCAGCAUGCUCAACGCCGGUAUUGACCCGAUGGACGACAAUCUUCCUGACAUGCCCGUUGCACGUCUUCAGAGUGCAGAGAAGCAGCUGUUCAAGAUGGGCUGCAUUGAGGAGGGCUCCGUGGACCAUGGCAAGACAAUCACCGCGCUUGGUCACGCUGUUCGUCGAUUGCAGCUUCCAAUGGCACAGGCCAAAUGUGUCGUCAUGGCCGCUAGCCAAGAGUUUGAGUGCUCUGGGCUGAUGGCCAUUGUGUUUGCCAUGACUCGAGCGGUCGAGCAGCAUCCACUGUUUGAGCGAAGCGACGAGGGGUUGCAGAAAAAGGCCGACUGGUUUAACGAUGCUGGCGGCCAUGGCGACCAUCUCACCUAUCUGCACAUCUUUUCGACCUGGUCUGAAAACGUGCACAGCGCCGGUGGGCGAGACACCAUCAAAUCGGAACGCUGGUGCCGGUCGCAAGGGCUGAAUGAGAAAACCUUGAUGGUUGCUCAUGACACGCUCAUCCGGCUGCACGAGGACAUGCGAUCGGCCCGCAUCCCGAUCAAUUAUCCGCCAGAAGAUGCAGACAUGCAGACCAUUGUCAAGCGAGUGCUGUGCCGAUCGCUUGUCAACCACGCAGCGGCAGCGAUCAGCUCAACCCUCAAAGACGGCUACUAUCUCCAGGAUGGCAUUAGCACCAACCCCACGAACGUACGUGUUCAUCCGUCGACCACAGUUCCCAAGGGCACGAGUGCGCCCUUGCUCAUCUACCAGACCCGGUCGCGAGGGUCUCAGGAUCAGGACUUUGUGAACUGCGUGACGCUCGUCGACUCGAACAUGCUUCUGGAAGCAGCCCAGGCGUCAUUCACGCCCAACGACUUUGUCAAGUUCCAGAAGUCCCUGGCAACAGUCCAGCGCGUCUCGUUCGUUCAGCUAUUUACCAUUGAUCUGCCACACGGCUACAAUGUGGACAAGGUUCUCAAGUCCAUCUGCAAAGCUGUUGCCCACUCGGUCACGGCCAACAUUCAAGUCCUUAAGCAGCAGUUCCCAAUGUCAGUGUUCAAGACCAAACACGACGACAAGGACUUGCGAAAGAUUUCAGUGUCCGUCUCCUGUCCUCAAGCCGAGCAGCAGAAAAUCGUGCAGCAAGUCAAGGAGGCAGUCGCCGUCGCACAACUGAUCAAAUGCGACAUUCCCGAUGUGAAUGACGCUGUCAUCCAUUCUCACUUCAUGAAAAACGGCUUCCCCACUCCCGACAACGGUGUUCCCGUGCAGACGAAGCUAAGCGAUCAGUUUGGCAAAACGACCGUGAUUCUCGGAGACCGCGUCGCACGCUCCGUGUCCCUCAUUGUUCAGGCGGGCCUGAAAGACUACGCUAUUCCACAGCUGAAGGAGCUGCUUGGCAUGGGUGACGGCUCGGCUCUCCUGGCAGCGGCGGCGCCCCAAUCACCUGCUGCCACUUCGGCAGAGUCGCGCCGUUUACAAGCACUUUUGAACGCGGCGACCACGCGUGCAGAAAUUGAAAAGGCUUUUGGCCAAGGCCAAGCAGGCACCCUCAUGUUGCUAGCUCAUUGGAUUACGCACCGCACGAAGAUGUGGGUCUACGGCGGGUUUCUGCGCGAUUUCAUCUAUGGGCAAGGCGUUCAUAGCGAAAUGGAUCUUGAUGUCGGCUUGCCAAAGGACCAAACACUGACAUUGCAAGCAGGCCGCGACUUGAUUGCUCGAUUUGCUCAGGCUAACAAGCUUGGGGACCUGAGGACAGCAAGCUCAAACCCCGUGGUUCUCUCCAUUCGCUUACCCACGAUUGACGGCCAGGGCGAAUGCCAAAUCGAGCUUGUCGAUGCGCUCGCCUUUGCUCAAAGGGAUCCUCGGAUUGAUUUUGACGUGAACAACCUGAGGGUUGUCAAAGUCGAUGAGCAGACGGCUCAGAUCGAGCUGAAGUACCCGGGUCAACCUGCAGGCGCCACAGUCGAUGGCAUUGUCCAACACAUUCGAUCGAGGUGCAUGCGAGCCUUCAAGCCGUUGGGCGACCUGACUCAACGAGUCCAAAAGAUGCAAGCCCGCGGGUGGCAAUUGGUUUGAGCGGGACGCGUUCUAGCAUUGUCCUCGAGUCGCUUUGUUUCUCGUUUUUUUUGUGUGUGCGUGUCUUUGUUGCGUGGCUAUAUUGCGAUGUAGUGUGUAGUGUGUUUUUGUGAUGUUUUUGCGACAACUUUCAAUGUGAAACUUUAUGAGGA